GGCCGAAGCUUGCUUGAGGAUAGUUCAGCUAUCAUUCAUGACCCAUGAUGAAGUGCCAUUGGCUGCGAGGGACAUGUUGGAGACAUGCGCGCGCCUCUCACUUGAGGCUGGGAGUCAUUCUGGUGCCCUGCUACUAUCUCGAGCUUCAAGAUGCACUGCAUGAAUGAGUCUUGGGAUGUAUUUAAAACAUAAGUGGCAUCGUUUGCUAGCUUGACCUACUUUAUUCGAAUUGUUCAUAGGCUCUUUUAUGUGCCUUAAUGGCCUCUCUCUUCUAGGGCAUUUAGGAAGGGCACCCGAGGAACGCAGAAGGCCCCGGUGGAUAUGGCAUUAGUUUACAUUCGCCAGAGAAACUGGUAACCCAUGCGGUCCUUCUGAGGUACAUCACAAGGUUCGCAAUCGGAUGAGGCCACGAGGUGUUAGCUCGGGCGGGUCUGAGAGUAGACGUGGUGCAGAGGAACUGGGAGACAAGCAGUUCUCUUUGUACAGCUUGCGCUGGCAGCAGGCCACUGGGACCAGGAAAGUGACAUAAUCCAAUAUCUUGGUUGAAGGAUGUCCCUACUGUAACUAGGUCCAGGUCUGUUGGCAACGCGGUAUGACUCCCUGUGGCACCGCGGAUCACCCUCGUCGAUCACCUUGCAGCAUAUGACACAGCCUAUUACCAGCUAUUACCCCGUUGCACCAGCCCAGGGUACCCAUGAAUUAUCCGCAAUCUUGUUGCAAUGGCACGUAUGCCACAGCACGUCUAUAGUUCAUGGUUGCUACUAUACUUCGGAUUUUCCUCGCCCUUAUCUUCCAGACCGCAAGAAUAUAAAAGGCCUUUAUGUCGAAGCUAAAGGGAUUUCGUCCCAACACAAGUCCUUUUUGACCUACCCCAAUCAGAACUCCGCCGUAUAAUAUGAAGUUCCUUUCUCUACUCGCUUUAGCCGUUUCCUCAAAGGUGGCUUUCGCUGCUCUUGGACCUCUGGGAGGUCUGAACACCGCGGGUUGGGACUUCGGUGUGGGUACUGACGGCAACCUCGCCGCCGGAAGUGGUGUUGCCCCACCUCCCGACCAGUUCGCCCAUUUCGCCUCCCAAGGUGUAAACAUAUUCCGCAUUCCGUUUGCAUGGCAGCUCAUGACCCCAACGCUCGGCGGAGACAUCGACGAAGGGUGGUUCUCUCAGUAUAGCGCUUCUGUGCAGGCCGCUAGGACGUCUAGCACUAACCCAUAUGUCAUCGUUGACGUGCACAACUACGCGCGCUGGAACGGCGGUAUCGUUAACCAGGGCGGGCCAAGCAACGACCAGUUUGCCGAUUUCUGGGGUAAGGUCGCGGGCAAGUUCAAGGAUGACGACCAUAUCAUUUUCGGUGUCAUGAACGAGCCUCAUGACUUGGACGUUCCCACUUGGACGCAGAGUGUUCAAGCUGCUAUCAAUGCUAUUCGUAGCGCGGGUGCGAAUUCGCAGUAUAUCUUGAUGCCUGGAUCCAGCUACUCGAGCGCUGGUGCCCUCCCUACGGAAGCAGGGCCGGCUCUCGUUAAGCUCACUGACCCCGCCGGCGGAGUUGAGAAACUCCUCUUUGAUGUCCACUAUUAUCUUGACUCUGACAGCAGCGGCACUCACACUGACUGUACUAAGAACGGCGUCGACGAUCUGACCAACCUCGUCAACUUCUUGAAGUCGAACGGCAACCGCCAGGCCAUCCUGAGCGAGACCGGAGGCGGAAGCACGUCCUCCUGCGAGACUGACCUCAACCAGGAGCUUGCGUAUGUCAAGAACAACGCGGAUACCCUCAUUGGCUUCACGGCCUGGGCUGCCGGUGCCUUUGACACCAGCUACACUUUGUCGCUGACGCCCAAUGCUGAUGGCUCCGACCAGGCGAUCUGGACCCAGGGUGUGAAGCCCAACUUGCCAUGAGCUGGCCUCGGAUGAAGAUCUCUUCGACUAAUGUUGCAUUGAAAUCGACGAGUCUGUAUACUGUAGUUGUGUUUCUAGCCCAUGUUCGUAGAUCGAAACUUAUUUAUUGGAGAAAUUGUCACCUCCAUAUUAGACACAAUAUACCUUUUUG